CUCAGAAGCGCGUCCUUCAAGCUGCUAGAAGCGCGUGCAAGCUGCCGACAUGGCUGCGCAACCGUCUUCCAGAAUCAUAUAGGUAUAGAAGGUUAUGCAUAGGACGCGUCGAUGGAAAAAAUCUCGGCCUAAGCUUUUUCUCUCCUCCUUCUAUCGGCGAUUCUAUCAGUAGCCAAACUUACUUGGUCACGCCAUUCGUUUCAGACAUCUCGUUUUCACUCGGCCAUGUUUUCACGUACCGUUCUCUCGGGUCUGCUGUUGCAAGCAUUGCCCUUUCUGACUUCAGCAACCGACUGCACUGGUGUCAAUGGCAUCAGCCCAAAAUGUAGCAGCCAAGAAUCUGCGUACAAGCGCGACGUCUUCUACGUCGGCGGUGGCUAUGUCGACUCUGGCAUCCCAGGCCAGCAAAUGUGGAGCGACCAGCUGUAUGUCGAGAAGCUGUCGCCUGCCAAAAAGGUCAACAAGCCUUACCCGAUGGUCUUCGUCUCUGCGGGUGUCAACACAGGCGCAGAGUGGCUGAAUACGCCCGACAAUCGCAAGGGUUGGGCUUCCUACUACCUUGACCAAGGCUACCAGGUCUAUAUUGUUGAUAUCGCUGCCAAUGGCCGAAGUGGCCAGCAGCUUCUCUCCAAAUACCCUCUGCGCAUUGGUUCCACAGACACCAUCAAUGAGCAGGGCUUCACAGCUCCCGAAGAUUUCGACCAGUACCCACAAGCAGACCUCCACACACAAUGGCCUGGCAAUGGAUCUCGCGGAGAUCCCGUCUUUGACGCCUUCACUGCCGGCAACGUCCCCAUCUCUUCAUCUAAUGUGAACGUGGAGAACACUAUGCGCACAUCUGGAUGCCAGCUCCUCAGCAUGAUUGGCCAGUCGUACACAGUCUGCCAUUCUGCUGGUUGCACUUACACAGCCAUCUGGUCAGACGCAUGCCCUGAUCUGCUACGCGCCAACAUCAACAUUGAGCCUGGCAACAUUCCGUUCACUUCUCUGAUCGGAAACAACACCGUUGCUGGGGUUGGCCGUAGCGCCGCUCGGCCUUGUGGUCUCACAUAUACACCGCUGCAGUUCGAUCCACCAGUAACGAACUGCUCGGCCAUUACCACCGCUGAGGUUGGGCCAGACGACCCAGCCAAGCGUUCCUGCAUUCUCCAAACCGGCACCAUCCACAAGCUCACCCAGCUUAGUAAAGUUCCUUAUAUCAUGAUCACAGGCGAGGCCAGCCCGCAUAUCACGUACGAUCACUGCUUCGUCGAGUACUUCAAGCAGAUGGGCAUCACCAACUACCAGUGGAUCAAGCUUGCCGAUAUCGGUAUCAAGGGCAACGCGCACUUCAUGUUCCUGGAGAAGAACAACCAGGAGAUCGCCGCGGCGAUCAACUACGGUCUAAAAAAGUUGAACAAGAGCCCAGCUGCCCCAGGUCAUCCAAGUCUUCCUAUCUCUGCAAAAUGAGAGACGUAGCUUGCGAUGACUGCCAAUAGUGAAGAUAAUCUCGAAUAUAGUCUGGGUGGCGUAUUAAAUCCAAAAGUCAAGUAGACCAUAAUAUCUAAAGUAAUCAUGCAUCACGAACCGAUUCUACAAAAUUCAUGGACGUGGAUAAUUCAUCAGUAACUAAAAAGGAUCGCUUCGUAAACUCAUCGCUCAAGCCAACGCACCCAUUGGGUCCCACAGCUCUAGCAUCCUCGGCUUCUGCUCCAGUACCU